AUGACCAAAGUAUUUUUCAAGGAGGAGCCGAGAGUCCUGCGGGGUUUUCUCCUGGAACCUGCUAGUCAAAUAUAAAGCGCUUCCUCCCAUCCACCAGGAAAGACUGAACCAUAACUCAGAAGAGGAGCCGCUGCCUGAGCACAUCUGUGCUUUCUCCCAAAUCCGUAGCGAUCCAGUGAGUGAGUCAAGCAGCCGUGGAGUUUUAAUUGUACUAUUAUUCUCAUUAUUAUUAUUACUUAAGCAUGUCUGUGUAGUUUCUCGGUCGCUUAAUUAGCCGAUAGUGAGAACACAACUUCUCUGAGAGACGCGCAUCGUAAGUUUGCAGAGGAGAGCGCGCAGAUGGCUGCUCUCAUCAGCGCGUACUCGUCGUGGCCGGAGUCCUUCGAGUGUCCUCCGGGAGACGGAGACGGAGCCGACGGGCAUGGUCCUCACAGGAAUGCCGGGGAAAAGGCGCCGGAGCCGCGGAUCAGACGACCCAUGAACGCGUUCAUGGUUUGGGCCAAAGAUGAGCGCAAACGGCUGGCGAUUCAAAAUCCUGACCUGCACAAUGCCGAGCUCAGCAAAAUGUUGGGCAAGUCAUGGAAGGCCCUCACUCCCCCUCAGAAGAGGCCCUAUGUUGAGGAAGCAGAGAGGCUUCGGGUGCAGCACAUGCAGGACUACCCCAACUACAAGUACCGGCCUCGCCGGAAGAAACAGCUGAAACGCAUCUGCAAGCGAGUCGACCCCGGGUUCCUCCUGAGCGGGCUGGCUCCUGACCACAGCACUCUGCCAGAUCAACGAGCCCUCUGCCACCCCCUCGACAAAGACGAGGGCAGCCCUAAUGGAGCCGGCACCAGCUUUUCCAGCUCCAGCCCUGCUUUGCCCAGCGUCAGAAGCUUCAGAGACCCGGCUGGCUCCAACAGCAGCUUCGACACCUACCCUUACGGCCUGCCCACCCCUCCUGAGAUGUCCCCGUUAGAUGCGGUGGACCACGAGCAAAUACCCCCCUCUUAUUACUCAACAUCUAGUAGCUCCUCUGUUUCCUGUUCUUCCUCAGUCUCCUGUCCAGAUGAGCACCACCAGAAUCAGACACACAUGGGCAGCCCGCCCCCUUACCACUCUGAUUACACUCACACCCAGAUUCACUGUGGGGGCUCACACUUAGGUCACAUCUCUCACAUGUCCCAAACUGGAGGCGGCAGUGGACUGAUCCCAGGCCCACCCCUGUCUUUUUACAGUUCCCCACCUUUCCCCCAGAUUCACCACGGGGUCCACCAGGGCCACCUGGGUCAGCUGUCCCCCCCACCAGAGACACAAGGUCACCUGGAGACUCUAGACCAGCUGAGCCAAGCUGAGCUUCUCGGUGAAGUGGACCGCAAUGAGUUUGACCAGUACCUGAACUCUACCGCGAGCGGCUUCCACCCGGAGCAGGGCAGCGGCAUGACCGUUACAGGACACAUCCAGGUGGCAUCUGCCGCCACCACUUCUGCCACUACGUGUCCCAGCAGCUCCACAGAAACCAGCCUCAUUUCCGUGUUAGCAGACGCGACGGCGGCCUACUACAACAACUAUGGCAUCUCGUAAGCGUGGUCACAACUCCUAUUGAAUGCGUGACUGAUCAAAGACACUACAAAGGUUGAAGAAAUUUAGGACGAUGUUGCACUUGGGUGCUGAUAAAAGGGAAACCCUUAGCAUCUAAGGGCAAAUGAAUCCAACCAUGAUUAAAAACUGAACUGAUUACAGAGCAAUAUGAUUGUCUGGAGCCAGGGAAAGAACAAAGAGCAAUUGGAGGACUGUGAAGAGAAGGAGAUGGACACCUCAGGGAUGCAGACACAAAACACUUACAGUAUGCCACCUCCAGUUGUCAUGAAAUCUCUAAACCAGUAAAACAGUCGGAAAAAAAGAAAGACAAAAGACUUGUUUGUCCACUUGUAAAUGUCACCAGUUACUGUUGCCAGCGAGGCAUGUACAGAUGCUUUUUAGAAGCUAAUUUAAGUCCUUUGAUGUUUUGCAUAAAUGCUAACUGUAAUGCUCUUAUCAGCGCUUUCCAUUCGAAUGUUUGUAUCAUGUUCCUGCUCUCAUUAGUUUGGGAGUCUUACCUCAGUAGUUGUAAUUGAAUGAGGUUUUAGUUUGGACAUUUCUUAUGCAAUUUAACAAAGUGAUGUAUAUGAUGAUGACAGAAAGGCGUUUAUACUUCUUCUCAAGUACCUAAUAAUAUAUAAUCGACCUCUACAAUGAAAAAUAAUAAUGCUAACUGUAACUGUAUGCUGAUUUAGGUUUGUGAAAGACAAUAAUUUAAAAAUA